CCCUUCCCACCGUAUCAAAUCGUCUUCUUGCGCGCACGCCGGUUGCCGGUUUCCUGCGACCUAUAUAAAUCCGGCCACAACACAUUUCCUAUCCAUCUCAUCUCACACUGUCACACUGUCACACUACUACUGCUGAUACUUCACUGCUUCUACCAGUUCACAUCAUUCGGAUCUCAGGCCAAGAUGUCGACGGUAAACCGCGCCGACCUCGACCAGAGGCUCGCCGCCGCCAACCGCUGCUCCAGAGAGGCUGCCAUAGCGGGAGCCAAGGCUGCCGCCGUCGCCACCGUCGCUGCCGCAGUCCCCACCCUGGCGAGCGUGAGGAUGCUGCCGUGGGCAAAGGCGCACCUGAACCCUACCGGGCAGGCCCUGAUCAUCUCCACCGUCGCCGGGAUGGCCUACUUCAUCGUCGCCGACAAGACCAUCGUUUCCAUGGCCAGGAAGAACUCCUACGAGGACGCGCCGGACCACCUCAAGAACACCUCCUUCAACUAGUUAGACAGUAGAUCCAUUAGUAGUAAAUAGUGCGAAAUAAACUGCACGCCGGCCUGCAACUACAAGUGUCUGCGGAUUCAACUAGGGAGGCGAUCAGGCGAGGCUUGCAGGCCUACUGCUCUUCUCUGCGUGCGAGAACUUAUCUGAUGAAGUAAUCAUCAUGUAUCCAGCCAGUCAUCUUGAAUUAAUAAUAACUUGCAUUUGUACAACUCAA